AUGUCAGGAAGACCGGUAUUUCAGCUUAGAAAAGAACUAGAGGAAUCAAAUGAGGUAGGGUGCGAAGCUGAUUUGACGCAAUCGUUUGUUGAACAAUAUGAGAGCACAAACCAUGUUGAACACUCUGUAACGUCAGAAUUUAGCAAUAAAAUUGUACUUACAGAAAACAGCAAGUACACAGUGGAAAAAUUGCCCUCAGAACUUCCAACUGGGUUGCAAAACAGUGAUUCAAUCGAUGGUCACGUGGAUACAUUUUCGAAAAACGCGGUGGUUAACGAUAGUGACACGUUGUACAUGUGGGAUUUCACAACUACACAGGCCAAUCCACCAGUGACACAUGUCCCGCUCCAUGAGGAGCACGUAUCCUUAAGUUGCGUUCCUAAGAUCGUGGUCACAUGGCCUGCGGCCCUUGAAGACAGCACCAACGACCGUUGGAACAGCGACAAACAUGGAUCGGGAUUUGAGGAUCGCGGCAUAUGCAUCGUGAACCGGAAAUCGGGGCUAAUUCAAUUCUAUGAGGAUGUGGACUCGAUCAACAAUUUGUCGUCGCGUAUUUCGCGGACAAGAUGCCAUGAAUUACAGCUCGCUCUCAAGGACACAGAAGACGUGAUUGACGUUGUAAAUGCAGAGCCAGCUGGUAUUCUCGUGUCGACGUCUCGUGGUAGACUUUUUUUCGUCACUCUUCGCGAUUACAUGGGCAAACCACAUUUGAACUUGAAAAUGCAAAUGAUAAAAUCGCCCUUCGCAUUGUUCUUUUCCUCCUCUAGAACCAAAAAAAUACAAUCAAUCAAAUUGGGUCCUGUUUUAGGAAAAGGUGAAAGGUCUAUAUCGGUGAUGACUAGCAAUGGAGACUUCACUGUAUGGAAUAUAUCGGCGGUAGCCAAUUGCUACAAGAGAAGUGAGUUCAACGUAUAUGAUCAGAUUUUGGAUGCACUAAAAGACCUGUAUCCGUGUGCGUAUAACUCUUUAACACUUCUGGAUUCUCACCCUCUAGGCGAGGAUAACAUGGCUCAUAUGAUACUUUCUUCAAUUACCGAUUACGACGGUGCAUGCUACUACAUUUUGACCACAAUAAAGUUGGACGUGCAUACUAACGGAUUCAUGAUUUUCUCCACGUAUAGGUUGAACACUUACACGAUGGUCUCCGGGGAAACCGCACCUCCAAGGCUCUUGAUACCCUUCGACGCCGAGACAAAAAAUGCGCUCGUCACCUCCGUAUACACCGUGUUCGAAAAUUGCGUGGUGCUCACGCAAGUUAGCUCAACGCUUGAUCAGAGCUACUCCUUGAAAAGAAAAUGGGAAGACAUUAUUUGCUUUCGCAAAGACGCCGAGAUUUUUGGAUAUGGGAUGGAUUCAAAAUCGGUAUACUUAAUGAGCAAGAAUAUGGGAAUAUUAGCCAUCACCGCCUCGCACCACGUUGGCUCAAUUGAUUCGCAAGAGGGCAGAUUCAUCAAGUCUCAUAUUGAUCAGAGCGUCUAUUUCUCGAACCUCAACAACACACCAAUCGAUUUCAACCUUCCAGCCAACAUUUCUCUGGAAAGGGAAGAAAUCGAAGAAGACCUAAUGUUGUCAGCAAAUGAAAUUCUUUUGUCCAAGUCGAAUUAUAUUCCUCCAAUGCUCCAAUCAAUGGAGAGGCACGUAGGCUUGCGAGCUGAGCUCUAUCAAAGUCUUUUGCAUUUCAUGAAGGCUAACUUUCUUAGCAGGAUAUCACCUGGUGUCAAAAUCAAACUAGUUGAGAACUUCGAGAUCUUGAGUGCAGCGAGACAGCUUCUCUUGUCAAUCAAAGACUCCCAGGAACUGACUGACUGCUGGCACAAAACCAUCAAGCUCAACGGGCUUGAUGAAGAAUUAUUUUUCAAGAAUCAACUCAACAAGUUUCCUGAGGUAUUUUCUAAGUUCUUGCAAGAGAUGCAGUAUUUUCUCGUUGCAUCCGGGAGUUCAGAAAUAUGGAUCUCGUGUAUCAAUCUCAUCAUAUCGUGCUUGUUGAAUAGGACAUUUCAGGAAGGUGAAGAGACCUAUCGUUUCGGCGAACUUCAGAUGAGCAAAUAUGAGCAUGGCGCAGCACCACUGUGGUAUGUUCAACAUGGUAUUCCCCUAAUUUUAGGCGAAGUGUUCAAAAGUUUUGAUCAUUUCAAGCCCACCUCAGAACGUUUCUUUGAUCGGGAAGAAAGUCUUCUUUCUCUGGUGAAAAUACUAUACUAUUCAUGCGAUCAAGCAUCAAUAUGGCUUCAUAACGAUCAAAUGCAAGUGUCCACUCCCGAAGUGAAGAAAAUUCCUGUUUUUUUUGAAGAAAAUAGAUCACUCUGGAACCAGGCCUUGUGUGCCGCCGGAAAAACUCAAGAGUCAUUGCAGAUUACGGAAUUCUACAAAGAUUUGGCCUCUUUGGCAGCAACUCUUGGCUCACUGCCGAGUGCCGAGUCUGAAAACCUGUAUCCUCAAUAUUUUGAAUUAUUCGAUUAUGAUUUCGCGGCCGAAGUUUUCAGCAACGACAUCGCCAACGGUCGCAUAAAGGAUUUGUACGAGAAAUUUCCGGACUACCAAGAGUUUUUACAUCACUUUUUUGAACUGAACCCGCGCUAUGCCAAAUUCGGUUGGAUGUGUAAAGUGUUUGAGGGCCAGUAUCUUGCAGCAUCCAACGAUCUGGUGAACAUUACUGCCGACCCGAGUAAGAGCUCUCAGAGUUUAAACACUGAACAAGCAAUGCUUAGUGUGGCAAAACUAUGCACUUUAGCAAAUGCAACGUCGCUGGACGUUGAUACACUAAAGUAUAUACAAGCGGAAUUGGACGUUAUCGAUGGCCAGAAAGAUCUGGCCUCGUCGAUCGAAAACGGUGUGAGAAUUCGCGAUAAUUAUGCAAAUUCUGCACUUGAACAGCUAUAUGAAAUACUGAAAACAAGCAUACAGAAUUCUCAGAGACUGAGGCUGGCAGGGGUGGUCGAAAUGUUCACGCUACUUCAAGACCGAUGCGGGUUUUACAAAGCUGCCAAAAUUUUAUCAUUGAACAAGGACUCUGUGAACUACGAAACAUACACCUUUCUGAACGCCAUGGUCUGGAGGAGAUGUGUUCUUCAGGACGACUGGAAGGACACUGUUGAUGGAACGGAUUCCACCCUUUUCUUCACAAUGCGUAAAUGCUUUGAUGAACAGAUUUUUGAAGUAGGAGUAACUUUGCCAAAUCCGGAUCUGCUCAGAGACCGCACAACUUUAACUUCGGCAUACUUUGAAGCCAACUACAGCAAACUGGACGCGAAUGCGCACAAUUUGCUGGAUUUUGCUCUUCAGGAGGAGAGACAAAUCGAAGAGCUAGGCUCCAAAUUAAGUUCAAAGUUGGCGUCUGUGGUAGCGGCCGCUAAUGAGAGCAGCGAGCAUAGAUGUGUCAUCAAUUAUGAAACGAACCGGAUCGAGGAUGCGCUUAGCAAUCUUUAA